AUGGGUAAAGAAGAUUUGCGAAAAGUUAAGCUCAAAAUUGGUAAUGUGGUAAAAAAUCAGUGGCAGAUAUUACGCCGAAUCGGAGAAGGUGGUUAUGGCCUAGUUUUUCAAGUAGUUAAUAUGCAAAAUCCAGUUCAAAUGGCAGCCAUGAAAACGGAACCGGUGGAAUGCUUAGUGAUAUUUGAUGAGAAAGGUAAUAUAAGAUUACAUGAACCACGUAAAACUGCAGCAUUCCGUGGUAUAAUUCGAUACUGUUCAAUAGUUCAUCGUCACGAUGAGCAGGGACGUCAUGAUCAUUUAUGA